AUGAAUGAUAGUCCUCCUCCAGUCUCAUCUGUUGGCGCUAUCAACAAUGAGUUCCAUUUCAUCCAAAAAGAAUUACCUUUACCACCCAAUGUACCUGAUCAUUCAGACAUCGAAGGCCUCAAUCUCAACAUUACUGUUCCAAAAAGCAAGGAUGGCGAUAUCGACACCAAUGCAAAACUCCCAGUUCACGUCUUUGUGCAUGGAGGCGGCUUCGCUUUUGGCUCGAGCUGGUACCCGCAUUACGAUUCUGCGCCCCUCGUUAAGUUGUCUGUCGAGAAAGGGAAGCCCUUUAUUGGUGUGACAAUCAAUUAUCGCUUAGGUGUAACUGGCUUUAUGACGUCUAAAGAGCUUCGAAACGCUGGAUACAAGGCGAACAAUGGGUUCCAUGACCAACGCACUGCUCUGCAAUGGGUGCGAAAAUUCAUUGGCGGUUUCGGCGGCGAUCCAGACGAGAUCACUGUUUCUGGCGAAAGUGCUGGUGGCUUUUCUGCCCUUAUGUUGCUCACUUCGAAAGAGCCUCUGGUGAAACGAGUUCUGAGCGCCUACUCGAAAAUCAUCGAAGCGUUCGGACUGAAGGACAAGUCACCAGAAGAGCGUGUACAAGCACUGCUUACUCUUCCUAUGGACGACCUGUGGCAGAAAGUCCCACCCGGAACGCCGCUGAUUCCGGCAAUCGACAACGAACUUGUACCUGGUGUUGCAACCUUCCCUGGAGUGUCGUCGCAGUCUGAAGACCCUAAGUUCCCGCUUCCUGGGCGAAAAUGGUGUUCUGCACUGAUGAUAGGCGAUUCUCAACUUGAUGGCAAUAUUCUCGCGUACAUGGGUCUCAAUGCAAAGCAACCCAACAUCGCAACGAAAUUCAUCGAGUCAGUCAACAAGACCUUGGCAGAGCAUCCCGACGCAGCUUCAACUCUCCUGUCGUCCUACAACAUCACUCCCUCAACUGGUGACAACGAAGCACUUCUCUCCAUCCUCCGUUUCGGCACAGAAAUCAGCUUCUACGCGCCCUCCCGUGCCUUCGCAAAGGGCUGGCCUCGAACAAAGGACAGCAAGUUCUUCCUCUACCAUUUCAACGAGGGUAUCCCGUGGGAAGGCCAGUUCCAAGGCGAAGCCGGCCACAUUCUCGAUGUGGCAUACCUCUUCCAAAACUACAACGAGCAUCUAAACGACGCACAGAAGAAAGUUGCGCGCGCUUACGGCGAGGAUAUCAUCGAGUUUAUCAACGGAAACGACCCGUGGCCGCCUGUUGAGGGCGAAAAGUUUGGAGCAAGGGUCUACGGGCCGAGCAGUGAGGGCAUCACGACGAAGUAUGUCGCGUCAGGGAACCCCGAAGAGAUUGGAAGACACGAUCGGGUGCUCAAGCUGGGCGAACAAGUUGGAUUCGACUUGGUCAUGGAUGUGUUCCAGAACUUUGCGUUUGGUCAAUAG